GGGACCUAACAUGAGUGCGUCACCCGACCUACCGAAUGAGUGAAUGACUGAAUGAAAGAAAAAAGAAAAGAAAAGAAAGAAAAGAAAGAAAGUAAGGAAAAAAGAAAGAAGAAACGAAUGAACGAAUGCUGACAAAUGUUUGGGUACCCUGGUUCUCAUUUGGUUCUCAUCUAUCAAAUUAUUUUCAAUCAGUUAAGUAAGUAACAGUAUAUUUAGGAAUCAGUCAGCAACAAUUUUCUGAGAGGUCCUGUUCAUACAGCCAUCUGUUGAGAACUUGUUAUCUGCUUGGCGCGUCUUCAAACAGCGCAAGGAGAUCAGUGGAAGGAAACAACGAACAAAGAUUUAUUUCAUUCGAAUAUCUCUUUCAAAAUAAUUUAUCAAAUAACUUUCUCUAGCACUGCACUGAUAUUUCACUAAUUUUUAAUUAACAUAUUUUAAACAAUUCCUCAAAAAAGUACAAAAAAUUAAGAAAUUUCGACCUGACGAUAAUGGCGCUGAUUCCAAUAAAGAACGUUCUACUAUUCACCAUCUUCCUGAUGGUCUUCAACAACCGAUCCAUCAACGUACUCAUCUACUCCAACCUCACAAAGGACUGCCACAACUGUCUCGCCAACGGCCUCGUGGAGAUCCACAAAGUGGAGCAGAUCAAAAAAAAUAUCCUCCACAAGCUGAACCUCACGAAAGCUCCCAACAUGUCCGGCCUGCCCAUUCCCGAUCUUCCGCACUUGAGGGAUAUCAUAAGGGAUAUAAACAGACAGGCAGAGAGUAGGUUGGUCCCGAGGCAAGCCUCCGUUUCAAAACUCUACCGCUUCUCUCAGGACUUGCCGAAUCAGCCGCCCAACACUCCCCUAGUCUUCUUCAAUCUGACCGACGUUCGCUUGCUGGUAGCGAACGACCUGAGCAAAUGCACGCUGGGUCUCUACGUGAAGAAGAAUAGCGCGGGCCAGGCGAGGAGGUCUAACAUCCAGUUGUACGAUGCAAGUACGGACAGGCUUCUGCACAAUCAUUCCAUCGGCUUGGCAGACAUCAACAAGUGGGUCAGUUUGGACGUUACGGAGCUGGUGAAGCGUUGGAAGUCUGGCGCGUCAGUCAACAGAGGCUUCAAAGUCGUCAUGUCCGAUGACAAGGGGGCUGGUGUUGCGCUGGUCAGUGUCAAACAAAGUGGAGACGAGAAUUAUAUGCCAGUGUUGGAGAUGGACAUCGUGAAAGCGACACAUCCUCGUUCGAAGAGAGGUGCCAACACGUGUAACUUCGACUCGCAGAUGUGCUGCACCAAAGAACUCAUCGUCAACUUCACAGAAAUUGGAUGGAAUUUUGUCCUAGCUCCCAACACGUUUGGCUCCUCUUUGUGCUUAGGAAACUGCCCGAACAUCACCAUCCCGAGACCGAUAAUCAUCUCAUCGGACAACCCCGUCCCUCAGAACUGUUGCACGCCCUCGCAGUACAUCCCCCUCACCAUCAUGUACUUCAACAGCAUCAACAGCAUCCGGAUUGAGACCAUCAAUGGCAUUGUCGCCAGAGAAUGCACUUGUCCCGUUACUCCUUUAUAGGAAUUCGGAUUUCGUCCUGUAGUACCGUUAUAGGCACUCAAUUUUUUUGAAUUCUUUUUGGUAAUUUAUGUACAAAUUAGUGUUUAUAAUGUUUAUAUUUAUUUAUUUAUAAUUACCUUUAUGUGUACCUACAUGUUCUGCACACGAUGAAUUUAGCAGACGAUAUUUUUCCAAUUUUAAAAAUUUCAAAUCAAAUAUUCUCAGUGUUCAAAGUUUUUUUUUUUUUGAUAGUUACCAGUUUUUAUGUUAACGCAUGGUUUUAACAUUUUUAAGAUUGUUAAUUAGAAUCGUAUGUGAAAUUUGGAUUAAGGAAUGUAGUUCAUUGUGUUGAAUGUCUUUCAUUACAACUGGUUUUAUUUGUUUCACUAUGUGCAUACAUGUUCAAUAUAUAAUGUUUCAGGUAUAAUUUAUCGAUUCGCAAUAUUUUACAUGCAUUUUUAGUAGUUUUCAAACAUCAAAUGUCACUUGUUCAUAUUUCUACAUACACAUGUACAUUUUUUAUUUUUUUAAUUGUUUAACAUUUUACAGUUUUUACAUCGUUAUUAACGUGCAAUUUUAAAUGAUACAUUGCAAUAAAUACGUUUCUAAAAAAAA